ACUUUGCACAAGUUGGGCCCGUCUGGAAUGGUUCUUCACUUUCACUGUAGGCACAAAUGGUGAAAGCCAAUACUGAGGAGCAGCUAUGGCAGCUAUUCUUUGAAGACCCAUCUUCCUGGUGGGACAAUAGAACUGUGAAGAGUAAUCCGAGAUUUCCAGACUUCAAGCAUGCAACAAGCGGAGCUAGUCUCUGGAUCAAUUCCCGGACUCCCAAAUGGGUGGCACCAAAACUGUCGACUCUGACUCAGACAUCGUGCAGUGAAGUUCAGUUCCGAAAAUCAUGUGUUGGAAGCUCGGUGAGGAAGAAAGAAGUUGGCAAGCACUCGCUGGCGGCAUAUCUCAAAUUGCUAGACGAUGGAGUAAAGCCGGCUACUGGGUCAAUCCUCGCUGCGUUGAAGGUCUGUAGCAGCUCACGAGAUCUCCAAGCGGGUAAGAAGAUUCAUAAGGACGUAGUUGACAGUGGUGAACUCUCCAACAUAUUCAUCUCUAACACUUUGAUUGACAUGUAUGCAAAGUGCGGGAGCAUGGCUGAGGCUCGGCAGCUGUUCGACAGCAUGAAGCACCGCGACGUAGUUUCAUGGACUGCAAUUGUCCAGGGAUAUGCAAACUCUGGGGAAGGGGAACUGGCUCUCAAGCUUUAUUCAAGAAUGCAAGAGGAGGGCCACAAAUCCAACAGAGUCAGCAUCCUGGCUGCGCUGAAAGCGUGUGCUAGUCUGGCAGAGAAAGAGGACAAUGAACUUCUCGGUGGCAAACAUCUCAAGGUGAAGUGCCUGGGAAGGGUCAGAGCUUUACACUCUCAAGUAACUGGCAACGAGGCCGAGCUGGACCUUUUCGUGGCGAACAGUCUGAUCGAUGUUUACUCGAAGUGUGGGAGCAUGGCAGAUGCUCAACAGGUUUUCGACAAAAUCCUGCAUCACAGUGUGGUCUCCUGGAACAGCCUUAUUCAAGGUUAUGCCGAAAGCGGACAGGGUGAACAGGCACUAGAGUGUUACGAACUUAUGCAACGUAGAGGCUUCAAAGCGGAUACAGUGACACUCGUAGCAGCGUUGAAGGCCUGUGCUUGUUUGGCAGAAGGAGAAGAGAGAAAUGGGAAGUUUGUCAACCUCCACAGAGUGAGAGCCAUUCACACUCUAGCGGCUAGCAACUGUUUGGUGGACGUUGUCCUGGCGAAUACUCUUGUUGAUUCUUAUGCGAAGUGUGGGAGCAUGGUGGAUGCUCGUCAAGUUUUUGAGAAAAUGGAGCAGCAUACCGUGGUUUCGUGGACAGUACUCAUUCUCGGGUAUGCUCAGAACGGGGAAGGCGAAGUGGCACUGGAACUUUAUGCUCGUAUGAAAGACGAAGGUUGUGCAGCCAACCUCGUGACAAUCCUGGCUGCUCUCAAAGCAUGCACAGGUGUUGCUGAGAAAGCGUUCUCUUCAGGAACAGUUGCCAGGACGGAGUGCAUUUGGAAAGGCAAGAGUAUCCAUGCUGAAGCUGCCAGAAUUAGCGUGGAGAUGAACCAGUCUGUGGCGAACACUCUGGUCGACAUGUACGCGAAAUGUGGCAGCUUGGAAGAUGCUCUUCGAGUUUUCCAGUUUAUGAGGCGUCACGACGUUGUCUCCUGGAACUGUCUCAUACUUGGUUUUGCCAAGUGUGGCAACGGAGACGCGGCUCUUGAGAUGUUCUCGUGCAUGAGGGACGAAGAUCAUCCUCCGGAUCGCAUUACUUUUAUUGCUGCUUUGAAGGCCUGUGCGAGCUCUGCUGAACAAGAAGAAGCCAAGCUCGUCGACGGGAGAGCUGUGAAGCAAGAGUGCUUACAACGAGGCAGGGCUAUUCAUAAGAGAGCUGCAGAGAGCCUGGACAUACUGGAUCCGGCAAUGCUCAACACGCUGGUGGACACGUACGCGAAGUGCGGAAGCAUGGGGGAUGCUCGGCAGGUGUUCGAGAGUAUGCAGGAAAGGAGCGUUGUUUCUUGGAACUGCAUAAUUCUGGGAUAUGCACAGGCAGGAGAGUCCGAGAUUGCUCUACAGCUUUAUGCAAAGAUGAGAGACGACGAAAACUCGUGUUUGCCAGACGCCGUGACUUUCACAGGUGCUUUCAAGGCUUGUGGUGCGCUGGGGGCGCUGGAAACAGGGAAGCAGAUCGAAGCCGACGUUCGUAGUGCCGGACUUGACACUGACACUAUGGUGCUGAACUCUCUCCUCGACUUUUACUGUAAGUGUGGGAGCAUGCUCGAGGCCGAGCGGGUGUUUAGCUCCGUUUCUGCGAAGACGCAAGUUACGUGGGCUGCACUGAUGGCUGGCUACAGCUCCAUCGGACAGACGCAGCGCGUUUUUCAGCUGUUCGAGGACAUGCAGCGGCAUCGAGUUCAACCUGACCAUGUUACGUUCCUCACACUUCUCAGCGCGUGCAGCCACGCGGGGCUUGUGGACAAGGGAAAGGAGUACUUCCAGGCAAUGAGCUCCAACAAGUUUGGAAUAAGUCCAAGCCGGCAGCAUUACUCGUGCAUGGUGGAUAUGUUGGGCCGGGCAAACCAGCUGGAUGAGGCCGUGACCAUGAUCCAGAGCAUGCCGGGCAAAGCAGACGUGGUGAUAUGGAUGGUGCUUUUGGCCGCUGCUGAGAAGUGGAAGAACGUGGAUGCUGGGAGGCUGGCUUUCGAGUCACUCAUGAAACUAGAUGCGAAGAAUGCGACGGCUUAUGUGCUAAUGUCCAACAUCUAUGCCGGUGCUGGAAUGCUCGAGGAACUGGUCCAGAUACAAGACAUGUACAGGCAAAGUCACCACUAGCGACCAAUGACGUUCCGGCUUACUUCCUUCGCCUACGAGGACCUUUUUCUUCGGAAUCAGACUCGACUUCCUUGACCA